CCAACUCACAGCUUCCGGUUACGUGUCAUCGUCCAUUUUCUUUUUCGACGGUGGACUAUUGCCACCCGGCAGAAGAGAAAAGGAAAGAAACAGAAUAUGUUAACGAAAUUUGAAACAAAAUCUGCGAGAGUUAAAGGUCUCUCCUUUCACCCAAAGCGACCAUGGGUGUUGACCAGUCUCUUCAAUGGAGUGAUACAGUUAUGGGACUACAGGAUGUGUACACUCAUUGACAAAUUUGAUGAGCAUGAUGGUCCUGUGAGAGGAAUUUGUUUUCACACACAGCAGCCACUGUUUGUGUCUGGUGGUGAUGACUAUAAAAUCAAGGUUUGGAACUACAAGCAGAGAAGAUGUUUGUUCACGUUAUUGGGACACCAAGAUUACAUCAGAACCACAUACUUUCAUCAUGAAUACCCAUGGAUCCUGAGUUCCUCUGAUGAUCAGACAAUCCGAGUCUGGAAUUGGCAGUCCAGGAACUGUGUCAGUGUACUAGCCGGUCACAGCCACUUUGUGAUGUGCGCCAUGUUUCACCCCUCAGAGGACCUCAUUGUGUCAGCCUCCCUGGAUCAGACAGUCAGGGUCUGGGACAUCUCAGGAUUGAGAAAGAAAAAUGUUUCCCCUGGACCGGGGGGUAUAGAGGACCGAAUCAAGUCCUCGGGCCAGACCGACCUGUUCGGGGUUUCUGAUACAGUGGUCAAGCAUGUCCUAGAGGGACAUGAUCGUGGGGUGAACUGGGCUGCCUUCCACCCCACCCUCCCUCUGAUUGUUUCUGGUGCCGACGAUCGUCAGGUCAAACUGUGGAGGAUGAAUGAUUCCAAGGCGUGGGAGGUGGACACCUGCCGUGGUCACUAUAACAAUGUGUCCUGCUGUCUGUUCCACCCGCGACAGGAACUCAUCCUCAGCAACUCUGAGGACAAAAGCAUCCGAGUCUGGGACAUGAGCAAGAGGACUGGUGUUCAGACAUUCAGAAGAGAACACGACAGAUUUUGGGUGAUGAGUGCCCACCCCUCCUUGAACAUGUUCGCUGCAGGACACGACAGUGGAAUGAUCGUGUUCAAGCUGGAGCGUGAGCGCCCGGCCUACGCUGUUCACAACAACAUCUUGUUCUAUGUCAAGGACAGAUAUCUGAGGAAGCUGGACUUCAGCACAUCCAAGGACAACCCUGUGAUUCAGCUCAGAGGAGGCAGCAGGAACCCAGUUUUCAGCAUGUCAUACAAUCCAGCCGAAAAUGCGGUUCUGCUCUGCACUAGAGCCAGCAAUGCUGAGAACUCCACUUAUGACUUGUACGCCCUGCCAAAAACAUCAGACUCUCAAAACCCAGAUGCUCCUGAGGGAAAGAGAUCGUCAGGCUUGUCUGCUGUCUGGGUGGCUCGCAACAGAUUUGCUGUCUUAGACAGAACACAUAAUAUUGUGAUCAAGAAUCUCAAGAAUGAAAUUACCAAGAAGGUGCAGGCCCCGAAUUGUGACGACAUUUUCUACGCUGGCACUGGUUGUCUGUUGCUUAGGGAUGCUGAUGCUGUCACACUAUUUGAUGUUCAGCAGAAGAGAUCUCUGGCCUCAGUGAAGAUUUCCAAAGUGAAGUUUGUGGUGUGGUCAUCUGACAUGUCACAUGUCGCUCUCAUCAGCAAGCAUGUCAUUGCAAUCUGUAACAGAAAGUUGGAGAAUCUGUGUACAAUCCAUGAGAAUAUCAAACUGAAGAGUGGGGCUUGGGAUGAGUCUGGAGUGUUUGUGUACACCACCAGUAACCACAUCAAAUACGCCCUCACGAACGGUGACUAUGGCAUCAUCCGUACCCUGGACCUACCCAUCUACAUCACCAGGAUCAAGGGCAACAGCGUGUUCUGUCUGGAUCGGGAGGUCAGACCCCGAGUUCUCUCCAUCGACCCCACAGAGUUCAAGUUUAAACUCGCUCUUGUCAACAGGAAGUAUGAGGAGGUGCUCCACAUGGUCAGGAAUGCCAAACUCGUUGGACAGUCCAUCAUCUCCUACCUACAGAAGAAGGGCUAUCCUGAGGUGGCUCUCCACUUCGUCAAGGAUGAGAAAACUCGAUUUGGUCUUGCCCUAGAGUGUGGAAAUAUUGAGAUUGCCCUGGAGGCAGCCCGGGCUUUGGAUGACCAGGCCUGUUGGGAGAAGUUGGGAGAGGCGGCACUGUUACAGGGGAACCACCAGGUGGUGGAGAUGGCGUACCAGAGAACCAAGAACUUUGACAAACUCUCCUUCCUAUAUCUCAUCACGGGCAACCUAGAGAAGCUCAGGAAAAUGAUGAAAAUUGCUGAGAUAAGGAAGGACACCAGUGGACAUUAUCAGAAUGCUCUGUACCUGGGAGAUGUAGGAGAGCGGGUCAAGAUUCUGAAGGGAGUCGGACAGAAAUCCCUGGCCUACCUGACUGCUGCUACACAUGGACUAGAGGAGGAGGCAGAACAAUUGAGGGAGAGCUUCGGGGAAGACGAGAAGAUCCCCGAACUCUACCCCCAGGCCCAGCUGCUCCAGCCCCCAGUUCCCAUCAUGCAACAGGAGAGCAACUGGCCAUUGCUGACCAUGACUAAGGGAUUCUUUGAGGGAGCAAUGGCAGCAGGGACUGCAGGAACCAAACGCACAGGUCUGGCAGCUGCUGCGGUGGACAUUGAAGAUGGAGCAGGAGAGGGCUGGGGAGACGAUGCAGACCUCGUGCUGGACGACGAGGGAGGAUUUGGGGGCGAGGGUCUGGAUGAUGAGGCUCUGGUUGGAGCCUCAGAAGAAGGAGGUGGAUGGGAUGUUGGGGAUGAUGACCUUGAACUUCCUCCUGACCUUGACGUGGGCCCAGCCGCCGCAGGGGGAGGAGAGGAGGGAUUCUUUGUACCCCCAACCAAAGGAACCAGUCAGACACAAGUUUGGUGCAAUAAUUCUCAGUUGCCUGUGGAUCACAUCCUAGCUGGGUCGUUUGAGACUGCCAUGCGUUUGCUGCAUGAUCAGGUGGGCGUGGUCCAGUUUGACACGUACAAACAGCUGUUCCUACAGACCUUCUCCCGCUCAAGGACCUGCUACCAGGGCCUACCCUCCAUACCCCCUCUGUUUGGAUUCCCUCACAGAAACUGGAAGGAGGCUGGGGCACGAGCGGGAAUGCCUGCGGUGGGACUGAAGCUAAACACCCUGGUACAGCAGCUACAGGUGGCCUACCAAAUGACCACCACCGGCAAGUUUGGGGAAGCCAUCGACAAGUUCCGCAGCAUUCUGCUGAGUGUGCCACUGUUGGUGGUGGAAAAUAAACAGGAAAUCUCGGAGGCCCAGCAAUUAGUGGAGAUAUGUAGAGAAUACAUUGUAGGAUUGUCCAUGGAACAGAACAGAAAAGAGCUGCCCAAGUCCACACUAGAGGAACAGAAGCGAAUCUGUGAGAUGGCAGCCUAUUUCACACACUGCAACCUUCAGCCAAUACACAUGAUCCUAACACUCCGGACAGCAUUAAAUCUCUUCUUCAAACUGAAAAAUUACAAAACAGCUGCAUCAUUUGCCAGGAGACUAUUAGAAUUAGGACCCAAACCAGACGUAGCUACACAGACCAGAAAGAUUUUAUCUGCCUGUGAGAAAACCCCAACUGAUGCUCAUGAACUAAAAUAUGACCAACACAAUCCAUUUGACAUCUGUGCCGCCUCAUACGUUCCAAUUUACAGGGGUAAACCUGUUGUCAAGUGUCCACUCAGUGGAGCAUGCUAUCAACCAGAGUUCAAAGGUCAAGUGUGCCGAGUUACCCAGGUGACGGAGAUUGGCAAAGACUGCAUCGGUUUACGAAUCAGCCCCAUCCAGUUUAGAUGAAUGCAAUAAAGGACAUUGUGAAUGCAUUAAAGGACAUUGUGAAUGUGUGAGAGAGAGGAUCAGUACUGUGAUUAUGGUUACUAUGACAACAAGGAUUUUUUGACAUUAAUCGAGAACAGGAAAAGCUUAAGUGAAAAGAUUUCACUAAAAAACAACAUAAGAUAGUGACUUUAUAAUUGCUUGGAAAUGUUUGUUGUUAUGAAUAUAUGUAAUGUACAUGAAUAUUUAUUAAAUGUAAAUGAAUUUUA